CGGCCGGCCAGCGCCAUGCGCAUCCGCCGCUACGCCGCGCGCCUCCUCAACUCCACCUCCCCCACCGCCGCCGCCGCCCCCUCCUCGCCCCCGCCACCGCCCGCCGCGUCCUGGCUCCACACCGCCGCCGACGACAGCUGCGCCUUCUGCGAGCUCAGCCGCCCGGCACCGCAGGAGGGCCCGGACGCCAUCAAACACAAAGGGCACAUUGCCAGUCGGGUGCCGGAAUCCGAAGUCGAGGGCGAUGAGCGCGUCCGCCAAGCUCAACAACCGCCUGUUCCCGAAGUUAAGAAAUGCAAGAAUGAUCAUGGACGCAAUGCAAGUAAAAUUUCUGUGGGGCUGCAAGCUCCGAGGGCGGCUUCUGGGGUUAGUGAAGCUGCAGUGAAACCAGAAGUUGCAGGAGGAGCUACUCUUGUUAAUGAAGCUGAUGCUGAGCCUGCUGUCAAGCCUGCAACUUUCAUUGUUAAUGAUGCUGCUAUUGGGCAGGAAGUUAACUGUAAAUUUUCUCUUGUGAAUGAUGCUGCCAAGCCAGAGGUUACAGCGGGGGAUUCUCUCUUGAAUGGAUCAACCACUGGAUUAGAAAUUUUGGAGGGUGCACCGCUUGCUAAUGAAGUGGCUCAUGAUCCUGAAGUCACAGAGAAAGUUUCUCCUGAGAGUAAAGCUGCCACUGUGCCGGAGGUUACAAGCACUGCGGCGGAAGUUACAGGGGUGCCUUCUCGUGUGAAUAAAUCUGGCAUCAUACUCAAAGUUAUAAGGCGAAAUUCUUUGGGCAAAGCUGUUACCGAUCCAGGAGUUGCAACCAACAUGCUCAGGACAGGUUCCGUGGAAGUUACAGGGGUGCCUUCUCGUAUGAAUAAAUCUGGCAUCAGACUAGAAGUUAUAAGGAGAAAUUCCUUGGGCAAAGCUGUUACCGAUCCAGGAGUUGCAAACACCAUGCUCAGGACAGGUUCCCUAAGUACCGAAGAUGCUGACAGACCAAAAGUUACAGGGGCAGCUUCCGUCAUGCAAGAAACUACAUCUGUAGGGGUGGAUUAUGUUGCUAGCAAAGCUGCUGCAGAACUGGAAGAUUCCAGCAGAGUUUCUUCCAAUGUAGAUGAUACUGCUACUUUAGAUAGGCCACAGCUGCCUAGUUGGAAUCCAAACAUAGGCAACAUGCAGCUUGGAAAUGCUGGAGAGUCUGUUGCAAGCACAGUGCAACCUUCUGGAUGUGAUGCUGCAAAAGUUCUCAGUUCUGUGAAUUCCACAAGCAACGGUGCUGUUGGAGCCAAAGGUUCAACUGUUGAGGGAGGACUGCCGAAUGAUGGAUUUGUUAAACCCAGUGUUUCAUGUGCAUAUGACAUAGUGGCUCGAAGCAUUGGUACUUCAGGGAGAUCAGAUGUUAUUUGUUAUGCUAGGCGGAGAGGUAAGAGGAAGCUGGAGCUGCUGGAGGUAAAGACGGAAAAUAUUGAAUUGGAAGAUGAUGUUAUAUGCAAGGAAGAGACACUGGGGAGAACUGGUCGUUGUGAGAGUGUCUUAUCAACAGCUGGAUCCGUGGAUGUUAAACUUGCUGACAUAAAGAAAGAGCUUAUGGAUAAUUCAGCUGCAAACAAGGUUAAAAAGAUGAAGAGAAAUAGAUUUGAAUGUAAUAUUGAUUAUUGCCAGAUGACAUUCAAGACAAAAGUUGAGCUUUCUGUUCACAAGAAGAACAUGUGCACGGUCAAGUCAUGUAGCAGACAUUUCAGAUCGCACAGGUACCUGAGACGCCACCAGAGUGUUCACAACGAUGAUAUGCCUUACAAGUGCCCAUGGGAUGGUUGUGGUAUGGCUUUCAAGUGGUCAUGGGAUCGGGCUGAGCAUUUCAAGGUUCAUGCUGGGGUGAAGCCUUAUAAAUGCACGACGCCUGGGUGCAACAGAAUAUAUAAGUUUGUUUCAGACUUCACUCGGCACAGGAGGAGGUGCAAACCACAGAGGUAAAAGCUCGCUUGAUACUACAGAAUUAGGAUAGUAGUGAAGUUUGUGGUUGCUACUGUAGAUGUCUUUAUUCAUUUGCUAGGGGAUCUUCUCGCAACUGGUCUGACAACUUACAGUGGGAUUGUUCGUUUCUUUGUUGAGGAAAAUGCUAAAAUAUUUAGCUUAGAAACUUGAGUAUCUCAAAAUAUCUGUGUACAUUUGCGGAAGCUAGUUGAUAAUAUUCCCGCUGGUUACGACUUACGGCCAGUGCUGUAUCGAAUCUGAGACCUAGAGUUGUAAAUGAGAAGCUAUUUUUUAUUUUUAUGAUUUUGUUUCAGCAUAGUAUUCCAUGCUUAAUUAUUUACUUGGGUGGUUGGGUUAACAUGUUUGCACCAAAGUACAGUAUAAGGUUAGUCUAUUUUGAUUGCUCAACUAGUCAUAUGUAUAUAAAUGAUUUCUGUUACAUUCAUCUCAUCAUCUUUGUACUCAGAGAUGCAAUCUCAUAUAUUUAA